AAACGAGAUGUCGACACAAGUGUUGUGUUUGACUGACGUAAGUGUCGUGUGGUUUGAAAACCACUGACUUUUAGGAUUGUUGAUCGACGUGUUGCACGUGUCGGUCGCGCGUGUUUUGUGUUCAUUGAAUGUCCCGAUUGUUUACAAAAACUAAUCUGCGGUCACUUUGCUGGACAAUGUGCGACAAAUAUUUGUUGACCACUUCGACAGCUAUGCCGACAAAGUUUCCAUCAAUGGUCAACAUAUUGAUUGUCUUCAACGAGGAUGACCUCAACAGAAGUGGAUUCGCCGGCAAUAGAAUUGGUCACAUGUUUGUCAUAAUGAAGAAUCACAUUCACCAGUUGAUCGGUUCCAACAAAUAUGUCAUUUAUAAUCUCAAAACCGAUGAAAUCCGAGCCACCGAUGCCUGGCAUUUGUCCACAGCUUUGCUCAUUACAGUCGGUGAUCAUUCAAGUGAUUACUAUUUAAACGUUACAAAUGAUAAUUUUAAUGGUCAACACAUCAAUUUAAGUCUAAAGGAUCUGUUAAUUGAUCCUAAAUCUGAUAAUGCUUUUGAAUUUAAUGACAACUAUUUCAAGCAACUGAUUAGUAAUUAUCUACAAACUGACUCCAAUUGUGUUAAUAAUAGAUCCAAUGAUAGACACAAUAUAAUUGAUACGAAAGUUUAUUUGGUUACCAAAGAGUCAAAUAAUUUAUUUGUUGAAAAUAAUAGACACAUCUUUUCAAAGAUCAGAGUAAUUGAUAACAGAUCUAAAUUAAUGGAUUCAAAUGAGUCGGAAUAUGAUUCAAAACUUGAUGUGAAUAUUAAUGCCAACUAUGAAGACAUACCAUUUGAUACUCAAACUUAUUUCAAUAGUUUGCAAACUAAAAAAUUAGGCCAUUGUCUGGCAUUUACCACUUGUACGGACACAACAAUGCAUUUAAUCGACUAUUUUUCAGGAAUCGAUGGUUUUGUUGCCGUCGCUACUGAACAGACUAAAGGUCGCGGACGGACACAAAACGAAUGGAUUUCCCCGAAAGGUUGCGCUAUGUUUACGGUUCAGAUGGUUAUCGAUCACAAGUCAAACAUUGGCAGUAAAAUGGGAUUUAUUCAGCACUUGAUGUCUAUUGCUAUUAUUAAUGGUAUCACUUCUAUUCCCGGUUACGAACAAUUGGAUUUAGCCAUUAAAUGGCCAAAUGAUAUCUAUUGGCGCAAAACAAGGACUAAAAUUUCUGGUUUUAUAGUUGAGUGUACUUUUAAUGGCAAUAUGUUUAAUGUUUUAAUUGGUACCGGAAUUAAUGUUGACAACAAAGAACCAUCAAUUAGUGUUAAUCAUAUUAUUGAUAAUUACAAUUCAUAUUCAGAUCACAAAUUAGCUCAUCUGAGUUGUGAACAAUUGAUUGCCAGAACUCUAACACAACUCGAGAUUCUUCUUGACAUUUGCCAACAAUUCAAUGGACUAGAAGUGAUAAAAAAUUUAUAUAAAAAAUUAUGGAUACAUUCGGAUCAAGUGAUCAAACUUAUAGACAACGACAUCGAACGUAAGGUUAAUGUUGAAGGUCUCGAUGAUGAUGGCUAUCUUCUUGUCAAAGAUCUAAGUGAUGGCACCAUUUUAUCACUACAUCCAAACGGUAAUAGGUUUGACUUAAUGAGAAAUCUAAUUAUACCACGAGUUUGUAAUUAAUGAAGUGAUUAACGGAUCGGACAUCUUAAUUGAAUUAAUCGUAUAUUAUAUAUAAAUUUUUAUAUA